AUGACAUCGUCAGUGAUCCACAUGCAGAAGAAUGGGAUCCCAACGCAAGCAGAGAAAGCUGGACUUAAAACGCAGGUGAAGUCAGGGCUUACAUCACAUGUCAUGAAAGCUGGUCUAGCAGCACACCUGGUGAAUGCUGCACUAAUAAUACAAGUGCUGGAGGACGUACUAGUCGCGGGAUCACACGAAAGCUACUCUGUAAUUUUCUUCACAGAUGGCAGUACCUCACCUUCCACUGUUUUUAUGAUAAAUGACCAUCUAAAGUUUCCAGGAGUGAGCUUCUUCGAAGUAAUGACCAUCGGCCUUGAUAUAAACAAGGAGAAAAAUUUUUGCAUGCUGCUGGAUCAAGUUAAGCUGCUGCGUCAGGUGUCAUCAUACACAACUGUCGUCGUCGUUACUGAUGACCUGACCUUCCUAGCCGCCUUCCUCAAGUGUUCCCUCAAGGGCCGCGUCCUGGUGUGGUCUACAAGACUCCUGAUCAUCACUCGCACUCGCCUUGUAGAUGUGCAGGAUCUGCAAGCAGAAUUAUCUAAGUUGAAUUCUAUGAUGCUUAUUAUCAGCGACUACACAACAAACAUUAGAUGCAACAUUUACAUCCAUCUGCCGUACAGUCCUCGAGGAUCCCAGGUGUUACAGGUGGCUCACUGGGCCCCAAGUCAGGGUUUAAUUUUCACCUCCAACCUUCCGCUCUUCCCUGACAAGUACUCUAAAUUUUUCCGCAGACCGCAUUUGUUGGUGGCGGUGGAAGAGACAGCCUUCAGUAAGUUAAUCAAAGGCAAAGAACCAGGGGCCUCUAAGUUCCUAGGAUCCCUGCCACAGAUGAUUGAUCAACUUUCUAAAGUAAUGAAUUUCACAUACAGCUUCGUUCGACCUCCUGAUGGAGUCUGGGGAGUAAAACUGAAAAACGGCUCAUGGUCUGGCAUGGUGGGGAUGGUGAUGAGGGAGGAGGUAAGCAUUGGUGCUGGACCUUUCAUGGUUGACAGAUGGAGAGCCGAGGUGGUGGACUUCACGGUUCCAAUACUGAUAGACUACUGGAGGAUCCUUGGAGCCCGGGGACUUCCUGAGGUGGAUCCCUGGAGUUUUCUGUUUCCCAUGUCACCGACUGUGUGGGUGGCAAUCAUAGUGGCGUUGAUGGUGCUAGCUGCCUCGUUGUUUCUCAUGUCUUCUUGCUUCUUCCUCGCCAGUGACUACAAGAAUAAAUGGUUAUCCCGCACAUUCGACUACAUACGGAUAUUGCUACAGCAAGAUAUGACGGUUCCCAUAUGCUACUGGUGGGAGAGGAUGUUGUUAGUAGUGUGGAUGAUGAUCACACUGGUUAUUACACGGAGCUACUCAGGCAACCUCAUGGCUCUCUUGGCAGUGAGACACAUCCCACAACCCUACCAGUCUCUUCGUGACGUGAUGGACGACUCUUCCGUAACGGUGAUAUGGGAAAAAGACUCAGCAUCAGUCCCUUAUUUGAAAUCAGCGAAUUCUGGUAUAUACCGGGAGGUAGCUGAUGCUGAGAAGACUGGUCGACUUAUAUGGAGAACACAUUCAGAGUUCGCCGAAGCAUUAGAUACUUUGGUGCGGCGGGGCGACCAUGUCCUCAUUGAUGUUGAUAAUGCCAUAAGGUCUUACAUUGCUCAAGACUUCACAAAAACGGGUCAGUGUUCAUUUUACGAGUCUAGAGAAGAGUUCCUGCUGAUAAUGUUGUCAAUGAUCGGUCAGAAGGACAGUCCACUUGUUCCUGCGUUAAGUAAGAGAAUAAUGUGGAUGACGGAGGCUGGACUGUUCUUCCAGUGGCUGGUAGCUGAAGAACCAAACUCGACUGUGUGUUAUCGUACGUCCAGCAAGAUCACAGUCAAUGCUGCACUCUCUCUCACCAAUAUUUCGGGAAUGUUUGUAAUCAUUUUGGUUGGAUAUUUCACCAGUCUUUUCGUAUUCUUCAUAGAACUUUUGAUUCCUUGCUCCAGAAAUUUUUAA